GGCGCAGAGCGCGCGGCUCAGCUGCUCAGACAGAGUUGAACGGUGUCCGGAUCCCCUGAUGGAUGGAUGGAUGCAUGGAUACAUAGAUGGAUGAUCGGCGUGUCAUCAAUCAAACCCCGUGCGGACUCUCAGUCUGGGGCCACUGAGCCGUUCAGUAUUGAUUCCUGAUCGAUGACAGUGUGAGUGAGCGGAGUUCAGCGCCUCGAAGCCACAGGACUCUACUUUCUUCAUCCGUCCAUCUCCUCCUCCGGGAUGAAGACUCCUCUCAGCCCCUCUCAGCUCCUGGAGAGUGGGCAGAUCUUUGCCUUCAGUGGAAUGUGUCAAGAGCUGAUGGACAGAUCCACAGCUACAUCCAUCAGUCUCUCAGUCCAGCAGACUGCUUCUCCAGGUCAGGGUGGGGCCUACUCGCUGUGCGAGGUGUGUAACCUGCAACUGACUUCUUCUAGUCAGGCCCAGAUUCACUACAAUGGCCGGUCUCACCUUCGGAGAGUGCGACAGCUCCAGGCUGGGGAGACUGGACAGCAGACAGCAGCAGGGGCUCAGUCUAGGUGUCUUCCCCAGGCCACGGGGAUCAGCUCCCAGCCUGCAGGACUAACUUCGACCCCAGGACCCAGUCCAGGCAUCAGCAGCCCAGCAAGCACCACUGCAGGAAGUGGGUGUAGCGCAGUGGGUCGGGCGUUGCCAGGGCUCAUAGGCGCCACUGGUCCCUCAACGAUGAUGAAACCAUUCCUGUCAUUUCCUGUCGAGACAACAUCACCAGUUGGACUUUUCCCGAACUUCAACACGAUGGACCCGGUGCAAAAGGCCGUCAUCAACCACACCUUUGGUGUUACCUUGGUACCCAAGAAGAAACAGGUCAUCUCAUGUAAUGUCUGCCAGCUGAGGUUCAACUCUGAUUCUCAGGCAGAAGCUCAUUACAGAGGCAGCCGUCACGCCAAGAAGCUCAAGUCUCAGGAGAACAAGGCCAAGCCCAAGCUGUCCAUCUCUGCAGAGACCAAUGGGGGCAGCACAAGUCCCGCCCAUCCUGCCUCAGUCAGCAGCAGCACCAGUCAGCACACAGAACACUUACCCAGCCUCAUUGAGUCCUCCCCUCCUCUGAAACCCCUCCUCCUCCCCUCCUCCUCCUCCCCUCUCUCCUCCUCUCCCUCCUCUAGCAGAGCAGGGAGUGAGCCUCCCCCCUCCAGUCCCCCCUCUGCUCUCCCUGCCCCGGGCCUCCUCUCUUCCUCCUCUUCCUCCUCUUCCAAAGCCUCUCCUCCACCCGCUCCUCCUGCUCCCUCCCAGGCCUCCUCCCAGGAUGCUCCUCUCUCGGCGGAGUCAGAGGAGGAGAAGGCGAAGAAGCUGCUGUACUGCUCCUUGUGUAAAGUCGCCGUCAACUCUCUGUCUCAGCUGGAGGCUCAUAAUGCAGGGUCAAAGCACAAGACGAUGCUGGAGGCUCGGAGCGGCGCCGGGCCUAUCAAGGCCUACCCUCGACCUGGAGCCAAGCUGAAGAACGGCACCACCUCUACUCUCAAGGGCUCCGGCCUGCAGAACAAAACCUUCCACUGCCAGAUCUGCGACGUCCACGUCAACUCUGAGAUCCAGCUGAAACAGCACAUCUCCAGCAGGAGGCACAAGGACAGAGUGGCUGGAAAACCCAGCAAACCCAAAUACAGCCCUUAUAACAAACAGCAGCGCAGCUCCCUCACCAAGGAGCUGGCGAAGCCCUCCCUCUCUCCCUCCUUCCUCUCUACUCCCUUCGCUCCUCCGCCCACCUCCUCCAUCUCGCUCCCUCCCUGCUCUCUCCCCUCUUCCCCCCUGCUCUCUACCACCUCCACGCCCCUCACUCCUGCCAUUUCUCUGCAUCCUCGCCCUCCAGCCUCCUCGCCCCUUUUCACUGCCUCCUUCCUGCGUCCGGCUCCUGGACCAAUCAGAACGAGCCAGGGAUCGAUUCUCUUCACACCCUACUGAUGGCAGUGUCAGCGGCGGGGAGUCUAACUGGUGACCUUUGACCUCAGUCCUCCACUUUGUUGGAGCUGUGGGGGGCAGAAGAGUCCAGAAGAAACAGCUCUGCCAUCGUGGCUGCAGGGAUUCAAAACCCGACUGAGGCUUUGAAAAAAGAGACGAGAGAACAGGACCUCCUCUUCCUCCUUUUGUCUGGAUCAGACCACUCAGUUCCUGGAAAACCUGGGAUUUUUCUAAUAUCUGGUCAUGGAAAAGUCCUCGAGAAACAGAAAGCAAUAAGUGGUCCAGAAAAAAUCUGAAAGCAGCUAUUUUGUCCUCCACAUUUGUCAUUUUGAUUCAAGUGAUUCAAAGCAUCCAACUAAAAGAAGAAUAAGUGUUCAACUUGUGCAUGAAACCAGAGAAAAUACUAACAGGUCUCUUUUCUUUGACUUUUUUUUUUUACCAAAAAGAACCCCAAAGUACCUCGUCAUUACUGACAAAUUACUCUUUGUGGCAGCCUGAAUCUACUGAUAAUAAAGCUCUUUUUAAUAUAUUUGUUUGACUGAAUUAUCAUGAACAAAAUCCGGAUUAUAAAGGUCUCAACCAGAUACCUGAACGUGCUCCUGCUUAAAAUACUGAUGAGUCAACAUGAAGGAGACAUCCCGGUGCCAGAACAUUUGCAGCCCUUUGAUGCAGCUGGAAUCAGAGCUCGGCUUCAGGUCCGGUCGUCAGAGUUUGGAGGGGGCUGGUUCUGUCACAGCACAGUUCCUGCUCCUCCUCUUGCUGGAGGAGCUAACCAGCACAAACCUGAUGUCGGAGAACUCGGCAGACGUCCUCCGCCAUGAACAAAUACUACUGCAGACGUCUUCAGGUCAACACUGGACUGUUCUCCUUUAGAGCUCCCUGUGCUCAUGUUCAGUUUGUUCCUUGCAUACAGCGUCUCGAGCAAACAAGCUGCACAGUGGAAAAAAUUAAAAGUUAAAGGCUGACUGUGUUUUCUAUAUAUUUGCUAUUUAAAACAGAUGAGCAGAAGGCAACAUGCGACCCUCUUGCACAGGGGAAUCAAAUCCUCCAAAAACAUCUAAUUCCAGUGAAAAAGAGUAAUUCCUACACAAACUUUUCUUCUCUGCAUUAAAAAAAAAAAAAAAGGCCGAUGUUACGAUCACAAAGACCUUACUCAAGACACAACACUCUCAAAGUCACAUACUGCUUAAAGGAUAGCUCCACUAAUCUUACACAUUAAAGUGUGUACUAAUGCAUUUGUGAAAUAAGCAGUAAAAAUCCUCUUUUCAGCCCCAGAGGAAGCUGCAUGUAAUCUAAUAUAUUGCCUCCAGUGAUGUCACUCAGUGCCUAAGAUGCAUUGUGGGUAAUAUAAGCGGCAGGUUUUUAAAAGGGAGAACAGUGUGUGGAUUGAGAGGGAUGAUGUCCCUGGUUCUGUGGCACUGGUUUUGAUCAUUUGUUUGUGAACUGCCCAUCAUGACUCCAACAGUGUUGUAGGAGUUGCAGUGCAGAUCAGUGGCCUGCUGUUCAAAACCUGGCCACUGCAUCACCACAGUGCAGCUUAGCCACUGGGUGACAUCACUGGAGGCACUUUAACAGAUUACAUCUGUAUUUUCAUAAAACAGCUACCCACUGUAGGUUUAAGCAAAUGUUAUUGAAAUGGGAGGAAAAAGUGCUUUUGGUGGGAGAUAUUUUCAGUUUGACUUCCAAAGGAAAUUGUUUUGAUGAUCUGUUUCAACCGUUGGCGUGUUUUCAACCUGAUCGUCUGACUGCUCGUGUUUUAGGUCAGGGUGGUUAAUUCCGGACAUUUGUUGCUCAUUCUAGACCUCCCGCUGACUCAACUUGUUAUAUGUUUGGAACCUGAAUUUAUGACUCCAUUAACCCCUCCUCCUCAUAUCUGAUGUCCACACUUCUGCCUGCACCUGUUGUCUCCACUGCCGGUGUGUUAGAGACUCAUUCUGUACUUGGGACUGGGUUACUUCCCGCUUUUACAGUGAAAAUGGACUUUUUCUCUUGACUGAUGCCUGCUAUGAACAUCUGGUGGUCAGCUGUUUUUUGUUUGAGUCAACCCUCCUGCAGUAACAGAGUCUGACCAGAACUGCCUGGAGUUUAAAGCAUCUGAGCAGAACGCUUAGGGUUCUUGGACUGUAACUCACAAAAAGAGUCGGAGAAACUUUUUAAGGCUUUGAAAAACAUCACUGGACCUUUCUUGCAAAAACCUGCAACAGCAAAGGAACGUUUUCCUUGAAUAAGCUUGUUCACUUUCCAUGAGUAAAAGAAAAGUGUGAGUGUGUGUGUGUGUGAGUGUGUGUGUGUGGUUGCUUUUUCUGUGUUUUAAUUUUAAUUUGUUUCACAGUGUAUGCUGUAAAUAUAUACCUGAAACUUUUUCAUGACUUUCAAACAGCCCCAUUAUAUGACUGUCGAUCCAACUUACUGGCCCAGAGACAGAUGUCUCAUAUUGACAUAAGAUGCCACCCUCAGGAUAAAUGUCACACUAAGCAAGGCUCUGAGAAUAGCUCAACAAAUAGCGUGUAAUGUGUGACUGAAUAAUCUCUAAACAUACAGUGAUAAGAGCUCUAUCCUGAGCUUUUAACUGCAUCUCCUCAUCAGCGAAUUUUAUGGCUCAGGUUUUGUCACACAUCUCACAUGUUAAGCCUAAUAACAGGUGGUCAUAUAUGAUGAUAAGAAGCUCGGUCCUUGUCCAAAGAUGAACUCUCGACCCUGACAACUGUCCCCACUGUUCCCUCUUCAGCCAUCCACCGACUCCUACGCUUUGGCCAUUGACGUCUUUCUGGUCCCAGCUUAAGUUCAUUGAGUUCACCGUUCAUUCAGUGAGUAUGCGAUGUGGUUUAGGCUUUCAAAAACAUACGAGCAUACGUGGACCCUUGACUUGGUGUUAUUUUUUCUCACAAUCUGAUGAUGGGUCAGGAGCUAAUUUCCUAUCUCAAUAUCAUUGAACACUAGAGCUUCUAUGGGGCAUCAGCAAGCCUUUCAGCUGUUUGUCUGGUGCUCUCAACCAGCUAACAGAUGUCAUUGCAAUAGAAUAUUAGGUUUAAUUGGCAUUUGUAUAUCUCCGUGCAAUGCGAACAGAAUGACGGAUGUUUGAUGGUCUUGAAAAAGGGCUUCAGAGAACCAGGAGAAACCAUAGAAAAAUCCACACAAACUCACCAAUUAAUUCAUUCAACAUUUAUUUCAAAUUUAAAGAAUCAUUUAGGGCGUACCCUCAUUUAGUCGUCUUCCAUGGUGACGUAAGAGGACUGUCUUUUAGUCUUCCAGAGUCUGAAGGUUGUUCUCUGAUUAGCUGUCAACAAUGUGAACCAAAUAGAUUUUCGGCUAAGCUCUUCAAUACAAGGAGCAGUUGUAAGAUGUGGCCAGAAUUUCUCAUUUAAAACAAACUAACACUAUCAACACAAAGUACAGAAACAACAUUCUUGACAUUCUACAUCUUAAAAGUAUUGGAUGGACAAAUAAUAUGGACAAGAGAAGCGAAUGCAAUGAGUGAUAACGUUUGAAAUGACCAUAUAGGCAAAAAAUGUAAAAAAUGUGGUUUAAACGGAGGAGAUACUUACUGUUUUUUAUAUUUGCUCGUUUUCGUUUUGUUGUGAAUGACCUUUAAAAAAAAACUGCAAAGAAAAGUCAGUGAUUCUACUGUUUUUGUAAAUACGAGAACAUACGCCGCUAUACUUAGAUACAGUACAAAGCUGUUUUGUUUUUUUUUAAACUUAAAUGUACAGAACAUUUACAGGCUGCACAAAAGUUAAUAGUUCUCAAGCAAUAAUCUCCAGUGUAGAUAUUUGGUGUUUCGCACUACAAAUUCUUCAUUUAAACAUUUGUGGUUUGAAACUCCCACUCUCACUUUGGUCACCUACAGCAGAAAUGAGUAACGUCACGCUGAAGUUAAGCCAAUGAAAACACAUUUGCCCUUGAACACAUUUAGUGACACUGUGUGGACGGACUUUGAAUGCUAAAUUAAAGAAAUCUAAAAUAAUAAUACAAGCAGGAGUACUAAGUAAACCUCUCGUUUGGCUGAUUUCAUCAUCAUUUAAUUGUGAAAGUGAUUUUUCUCCUGGCGUUGUUUUCUAUGGUUUCACGUGGUCAGUAUUCUCCUGUCUGUCUUCCUGCCUCCUCCUGAAUAACUUGAAUCAUCUCGGUCUUCCAAUAAUGAUCAAACAAACAAACAAACAGGUUUAAGGACGUUGUGUGUGUGUGUGUUUGUGUUUAUCUAUGCAGUAUUUGGUCAUACAGUGCAGUAACUCUAUAUUUCAUCAACAUGUAACUGUAAAAAAAAAGAUGAAAAAAGUGUCAAAUCCAUGUUGAUGAAGCUGAUUAACCACCGCUAAGACUGAGCUGUUCGAUUUGAACUUCCUGUCUGUCCGAUGAUGUCACCAUGAUGCAAUAAUGUACAGAUCAGCUGCUGCUUUUCUAUCUCCGCUUCGCUUCCUUAUCGGCAAUACAGAGGCCUGAGAAUCUGGGUACUGGGGCCGGGUUGCAAUACUGGAAUGAGACAAACAAGGACGUUUAAACUGAAUUGUUGUUUAUCGAUGAUUUGAUGCAAACUAGUCAAUUUUUGUUCAAACCGUUGCAAUGUUUCUGUUGAAAACUGACAUUGUGAGCGCGUGUGCGAGUAUGUGUGUGUAUACUUUCUCCAUGUUUGAAAUGAACCUCUGCCGUCUGAUUGCUUCCAAAAUAAAAGCAAAUUUUCCAUCAAACCAGAAGACAUUGCAAACCGUGAACAUUUUCAGCGUUUAAAGGAGCAGUUCACCCAAACUGCUGCACACAGAGACCUGGCGUCACACAGGGGAUCGAUCGAUACAAAGCGUGCACAGCGGGCAACAUCACGGGGGAGAGACAUUCUGCAGUGUGUUCUGCAGUUCUGCUGUGAUCAUUUGUUAAUUAAGCUUAUUUAAAGCAGUUUAGUUUAACAGUUUGAGAUGCACAUAGAGUCUCCACCCUCUCCCAGAAUGUAACACUCCCUUCAGUCUCUUCAUCCUGGCUCCAGGCCUGUGCACAGUAGAUGCCACGCUGCACCCGACAGUUGUCUUUAAAACAUCUGGUACAUUCAAGUUAAUUGUUAACUGCAGAUAGUUUAGUUGCAAAGUUAUUUGUUGAGGUGUCAGAGAUGAUCUUGGAUGGACACAGGGUGAAUUGAUACAUUGGAUAGCCAAGAUGUUCAGAAUUGAAAGUAGAUAUUUCCUUUUGAUCAGAGCCGAGAACAGCAGUAUUCAAGAAGCAACGCUUCCUGCUUCAGAGACCCUGAGCCCGCUCCUGCGUGUAAAGCAUUUAUUCUCUGGGCUUGUUGUUUUAUUUUUUAUGAUGACAAUUAUAAUGAUGCACAUAUGCAAAAGGUAAACUUUUCAGGUUGAGAUUAUUUCUCUCCUCAUCAUUUCAUUUCUGUAACUUUGUUUUAUUUGUUUUAAUUAAAAAACUG